CCGAUUAAACAGCCAAACAAGUCAUUUUAGAGAGAGAAAAAAGGAGAAAACUUGCGUUUUCUAUACUUUCACGCUUUCUUACUGUCAUCUGCAAUACAAGAAAAAAAUGGCGACAUCUUCUAGACGAACCAGUGGUCCGGUGCUCCGGUCCCUCUCCCCAUCCGGCCGAUUCUGCUCCCACUACGCUUCACAGUCUUCAUCACCUUCUUCUUUCUCAGGUUUUGCUUUCUCGAGUUCAAGCUUUUCUUCACGCUCCUCAACUUUCUUUAAUCAACACAGAUCCAUCUCUCCUCCACGUGUCAAUAUCUACAAUCACUCCCAGUCUGCGCCGUCCGUCCGAUUCACUCUUGAUAGCCGUCCGAUCUCGCCGAACCGUUCGAUUACCACCGUUCGCAGAAACACCGAGGUGGUGAGGAAUAUCGGGAGGCAGCUGCGGAAGAGGACCUGUAUGUGUUCCCCAACCAAUCAUCCCGGUUCCUUCCGUUGCAGUCUUCACAAGAAUUUCAAUAAUUCGCACUCGGUGACCGGUUACGCGCAAAGUAAUCGGCUUAACGCGCCAAGUAAUCGGCUUAACGCGCGUAGAUCUGCGAUGACGAACUCGCUGGUGAGAAUCGGAGGAGUCGAAGGAGAUCUGGUUAAAAGAGCGUUGUCGGCCUUAAUACGACCUUCGUCUCACCAGCAGCGUCGCCGAGCAGCGUUCCAGCCGAGGCCUAGCCGGCUCUCCGUUAUGACGAGAGCGGGGGAUUUAUGAGGUUUCCUAUAGUGGUAACCGGUAAUUGUAAUUUUCCGCGUUCGGAGAUCGAGCUUCGGAGAAACGCCAGGUGGUAGCGUUGAAGUCAUUUACCGGCGAAGAGGAUGGAGAUCUAGACGAAGGAUUCGGGACGGGCAUGAUUUUUACUGUACUCCGGCCGACCGAAACCGUAAAAUAGGAGGAACUAGUUAUCAUAUUGUUUGCUGG